AUUUAGACAUAAACGUCCAGUACAAGCACUGAUAGUAUCAUUUCUAACAAACCAAACAUGAAGUCGCGGUAUGUAUUCUGCGUUUUUCUCUGUCUAGUCAUUAGAUUCUCCUCCGGUUUUGGCGUUGAUGAUACAGACACGGGUACUGCCGUCCAAUUUCUCCUCAAAGAGUUUCAGUCUUUGCGUAACCGAGUGUCUGUAUUAGAAAGCUUCGUUGAAAAACAAACAGAAAUAAUUCAGGUUCAGAACGACAGAAUUGUUAAACUUGAAGCUAUUGUCAAGUCGGGAAGUUUUAAUGAGGACGAUUUGAAGAAGUCGAACUAUUCACUUGGUGAUAUCGAGGAUGGAGCUCAUCGGUCACGUAAUAACUACACUGAAACCAACCCCUUGGAAAUAGAUCGACAGAAUACCUCUGCAUCGUUUAUCCAAAGCAAUGCUCAACAGGAAAGAAAGCAAAAAAGAGGAGUAAGACUAGCUGUAGUACAACCGAUAGCUUUUUAUGCCUACAUGAGUAGUGCCUUAAAUAACCCUGGAGGGCAUCACACACUGGUCUUUGACGUCACUAAGACAAACGAAGGCAGUGGAUAUCACGCACAUCUCGGUGUGUUUAUGGUUCCUAAAUCUGGAACCUAUUUCUUUUCCUGGACGAUGAGUCUAGAUUCCUCAUCCUAUCACGGUACAGAACUAGUAGUAAAUAAUCAGGUACAUGGUGCGAUAUACCUUGAUACCAGUAGUAGUGGACGUGACUGUGUUACAGGGAACCUUAUCCUACAACUCAACGAACAGGACGAAGUAUUCAUUCGAACAAGAGACGCCUACAAUGGUGGACAGAUCUAUAGUGAUGCAUACAGCAGGACAAGUUUCUCUGGAUUUCUAAUUGUAUAGCAAGGUUAAUUAAAUUCAAUACAAUGACAUGACA